CUACACCCCGCGAAAGUCCCCCCUCAUAGUGGUGAAAACAUGACAGACGAUUCGAUCUAUGCUUUCCGCACGAAGCUGUGCUCCGAGCUGCAGGAAAACGACUUUGUCUUUGUGAAUGGUCGCCCAUGCCGAAUUUCCAGCAUAAGAGUAACUUCACUUCAAGGGGAGUGUCAAAAAGUCCUGAUAGAGGGAGAUGAUAUCUUCUCGGGUGAUCGCAGGGUGCAAGAGUUCCUGUCUACAGAUGUCAUGGAUAUUCCGGUCGUUACGAUGACCAAGUUUCAAUUGAGAUCGAUACAAGGCCAGCAUCUUUGUCUAGCCACGUCAGAUGGCUCUGAGAGGAACGAUGUUCCUCUUCCGAAAGGUGCUCUUGGGAUGAGGAUUUUGGCGGCUGAGAAAAGCGGGGGGGGACGGUUGAUUGUUGUUCAAUCUGUUAUGGGCGAAGAAGCUGCCGUUGGUAUGGAGAUUCUAUGA